AUGUCGCUGCUAUUCUGCAACCGCUUUGUGCCCAAACAGUACUCGGUGUCGUUGGCGUUGAACGACACGAAGCCCAACUACUCGGGAAAUGUGUCAAUCGAGCUGGUCAAAAACGACAAGUUCCACGGCGAUGGCGACACGGCGGACUACUUCAGCGUGUCACUCAACACGGUGGAGGUUGUGUCGGUGUCUGCAGUGCUGCGGUGCGGUGACAAGGCCUGGAAGCUUUUGCCGACGCUGAACAAGACCGCCGAGUCGACGGAGUACUCGUGCAAAGAGCUGCCGCUGCGCCAGCUUGCCGACACAGCGUGCCUCACCCUGGAGAUUAGGUUCAUCGCCGUCGUGAGAAAGAUCAUGACCUACAGCGACGUCACGAAGGGCGUUUUCUCCACAAAGUACACAGACCCCAGCACGGGGAAGUCGGACCUGUUCCUGCUGUCCACCCACUCUCAGCCGCACUUCGCCAGAUGCAUCUUCCCCUGCCUCGACGAUGUCAACUGCAAAUGUCCCAUCCAGCUCGAGCUCACCGCCGACAACAGGUUCUCCUGCAUCUCCAACAUGCCCGUCGAGUCCUCCGAGUACCUCUCGGAGACCUCGAACAAACUGGUGAGGUUCGCACAGUCGCCGCCAAUGUCCACCUCGGUGUUCUCCUUUGCCGUGGGUAACUUUGACUUCCUGGAGCAAACCGUUCGGAUGCCUGUGUCCAAAUGCGAUUUCCCGAUCCGCGUGUACACGAUGGUCGGAGAGUCCCAGAGAGCGCAGUACGCCCUCUCGACCGUAGCCGCUGCAGUUGGAGUGCUAGAGCAGAAGUUCAACGUCAAGUACCCAUUGCCCAAGCUGGACAUUGUGGCCCUCCCGUUUUUGUCCGAUGGCGGGGUUGAGAACUGGUCCAUGAUCCAGGUAAUUAACGACCACAUCCUCCUACCCGACUGGAAGGUCACCGACGCUCACCUGGCGAAGAUACACAGGACCAUCAGGGACGUCCUGGUUCAUGAAAUCGUACACAUGUACGUCGGUAACUACGUUUCUUUUGACAGCUACGACCAUACCUGGAUGAACGAGAGCUUUGCUACCUUUAUGUCCAACACCAUCAUCAACUCCGUUUUUGAUAAUACCACUUGGUUCAACUUCCUGAACUCCGAUCUCCAGCAGCUGAAGGUGAGAAAUAUGUCUGCAGAUUCUGCCCCUAUAUUCACAGCCAACGUCGCCACCUCCAGAAUCCACGAUACUUUCUCUAGAAACUCAUACGAAAAGGGGAUUUUUGUGAUGAGGUCGCUAGCUUCGUUAUUUGUUGAGAAUGAUGACCAGCUUAACCAGCAAAACUACGACGUUUUCUUUGGAAUGGUCGGGGAUUUCAUCAAAAAGAAUGAGUUCGGGAACUUCAAACCAGUCGAUCUCUGGAAUUUCCUUAAGGCGCACAAAUCCAACAGGUUCGGCUAUGAUAUUCCAACAAUUAUGAACUCUUGGAUUAGAACCUCAGGUUUCCCUAUCUUGACUGUCACCAAACAAGAUGAUGGCUCUUACAAGAUAGAGCAACAUCAUUGCCUAGAUGAAGCUGAUGCCGAUAUCGAAGAUGUUCCGUUCCAAAUCCCCUUGCUUAUCAAGAAAUCAGAUGGUACGUUGGGCAGACAAUUGAUGACGGAUAGGUCCCUAGUGAUCUCCGCUGAAGAUUUAUCUGAUGACUUCUUUUUUCUGAAUGCAAAUGACUCCUUCAUCGCUACUGUGAUCUACCCUGAAGCCACCACCAAAGAAAUUGCUUCUAAAUUCCAUGUUCUUAACAAUGUUGAACAAAUGCAAUACUUUAAGAAUUUCUCCUCUGUAAUAGGCACUCACUACCAAAGCAAUGAAAGCAUCACCUCAUUCUUCACGGCAAUCAAAUAUAUCAAAAAGGUCAGUAGGCCAGACCAUGCAGCAAUGACUUUUGCGCUUUCUGUGCUGUCCAAUAUCUACAAAUCAAUCAAUACGUUAGCGUGCUUCAAUGACGCAGCUUUUUACAAAAAACUUGAUACCUUCAUCAAUGAUUUGUCAAACAAGUAUGUGGCUCAGCUCUAUUGGGAUAACGUUGACUGGAAAGUUUUGGGUACCGAAGAGCUUCGUUUAAGAAAUGCAAUUUUGUCAUUGAAGUACGAUAACCCAGCUACUCAAGUCGUUGGUAAAACACUGUUCAAGAAAGUUUUACACGGUCCAAAAGAGUCUGUUCCUGCUGAACUUUUGACAACUGUGUUUGCUAUUGCUGCUCAGUCUUCCAAUUUGAAAGAGUACAAAGAGAUUAGUAAAUUGGUCCGUAAUCCAGGUUUGGUUGUUAAUAACGUUUUCCCAAGCGUGCCAAACGAUGUUCAAACUGCCGCUAUCAACUCCCUAGGCUGUAUGCGUGAUCCUGAGUUGAGAUACAAAACCCUAAAUUUUGUUGCUACCAAUCCUGAUGUGAAAAUGAUCGAGUUAGCACUACUGGGUUUCAGAUUUCAGAUGUCAGCAUACGGAGAGUUGUGGAAAUGGUAUCUUCAACAUUACACCGUCUGGUACAGUAAAUAUGCUAGAGACAACAAAUCAUAUCAAGGCCUGUUCUUUAAACAUGUGAGUGAACUUGCUUUGGAGUGUGCCUACUAUUCUCCUCAAUUGAGUAAAGAAGUUGAAAAUUUCGUUGCAAGCAAAAAUGAUGAUGUAAAAACCUGGUUUGAAGAGGCUAAAGCGAAGUUGGAUAGCAUUAGGUUGCUGAGUGAAGCUAAUCAAGAUCUCAAGUUAAUGUUGUAA